GUCGGAGAGGAGAGAGCAGAGAGAGACACAGGAACAAGAACAGCAAAGGGCAGAGCAGACCUGCGCCAGGGGCGCACAACGGCCGUGUCCACCUCCCAGCCCCAAGAUGGUGCUUCCCACAGGCAGCCACGCGUAGCAGCCAGAGACAGCUCCAGACAUGUGGCUCUUCUUCGAGAUCACUGGAUUGCUGACGGCAGCCCUCUCAGGUCAUCCAUCUCCAGCCCCACCUGACCAGCUCAACACCAGCAGUGCAGAGAGUGAGCUCUGGGAGCCAGGGGAGCGGCUUCCGGUCCGUCUGACAAACGGGAGCAGCAGCUGCAGCGGGACGGUGGAGGUCCGGCUCGAGGCGUCCUGGGAGCCCGCGUGCGGGGCGCUCUGGGACAGCCGCGCCGCCGAGGCCGUGUGCCGAGCACUGGGCUGCGGCGGGGCGGAGGCCGCCUCUCAGCUCGCCCCGCCGACCCCCGAGCUGCCGCCCCCGCCGGCAGCCGGGAACACCAGCGCAGCAGCUAAUGCCACUCUGGCCGGGGCGCCCGCCGUCCUGUGCAGCGGCGCCGAGUGGCGGCUCUGCGAGGUGGUGGAGCACGCGUGCCGCAGCGACGGGAGGCGGGCCCGUGUCACCUGUGCAGAGAACCGCGCGCUGCGCCUGGUGGACGGUGGCGGCGCCUGCGCCGGCCGCGUGGAGAUGCUGGAGCAUGGCGAGUGGGGAUCAGUGUGCGAUGACACUUGGGACCUGGAGGACGCCCACGUGGUGUGCAGGCAACUGGGCUGCGGCUGGGGAGUCCAGGCCCUGCCCGGCUUGCACUUCACGCCCGGCCGCGGGCCUAUCCACCGGGACCAGGUGAACUGCUCAGGGGCCGAAGCUUACCUGUGGGACUGCCCGGGGCUGCCAGGACAGCACUACUGCGGCCACAAAGAGGACGCGGGCGUGGUGUGCUCAGAGCACCAGUCCUGGCGCCUGACAGGGGGCGCUGACCGCUGCGAGGGGCAGGUGGAGGUACACUUCCGAGGGGUCUGGAACACAGUGUGUGACAGUGAGUGGUACCCAUCGGAGGCCAAGGUGCUCUGCCAGUCCUUGGGCUGUGGAACCGCGGUUGAGAGGCCCAAGGGGCUGCCCCACUCCUUGUCCGGCAGGAUGUACUACUCAUGCAACGGGGAGGAGUUCACCCUCUCCAACUGCUCCUGGCGGUUCAACAACUCCAACCUCUGCAGCCAGUCGCUGGCAGCCAGGGUCCUCUGCUCAGAUUCCCGGAGUUUGCACAAUCUGUCCACUCCCGAAGUCCCUGCAAGUGUUCAGACAGUCACUAUAGAAUCUUCUGUGACAGUGAAAAUAGAGAACAAGGAAUCUCGGGAGCUAAUGCUCCUCAUCCCCUCCAUCGUUCUGGGAAUUCUCCUCCUUGGCUCCCUCAUCUUCAUAGCCUUCAUCCUCUUGAGAAUUAAAGGAAAAUAUGCCCUCCCCGUAAUGGUGAACCACCAGCACCUACCCACCACCAUCCCGGCAGGGAGCAAUAGCUAUCAACCGGUCCCCAUCACCAUCCCCAAAGAAGUUUUCAUGCUGCCCAUCCAGGUCCAGGCCCCGCUCCCUGAGGACUCAGACUCUGGCUCGGACUCAGACUAUGAGCACUAUGACUUCAGCGCCCAGCCUCCUGUGGCCCUGACCACCUUCUACAGUGAGUGCCUGGCCGGGCUCCCGAGGGCCCACCUACCUGAAUCUGGGAGGGAGCCCCGAGGGGACCGUCAGAUUCCCAGCGGCAUCGGGUCACAGAUGAGGAGGUCCAGCAAAGCAGGUUCCAGAUGCCACCCUUGGAGGAAGGACUUGAAGAGUUGCAUGCCUCCCACAUCCCAACUGCCAACCCUGGACACUGCAUUACAGACCCGCCAUCCCUGGGCCCUCAGUAUCACCCGAGGAGCAACAGUGAGUCGAGCACCUCUUCGGGGGAGGAUUACUGCAAUAGUCCCAAAAGCAAGCCGCCUCCAUGGAACCCCCAGGUGUUUUCUUCAGAGAGGAGUUCCUUCCUGGAGCAGCCCCCAAACUUGGAGCUGGCCGGCACCCAGCCAGCCUUUUCAGCAGGGCCCCCGGCUGAUGACAGCUCCAGCACCUCAUCCGGGGAGUGGUACCAGAACUUCCAGCCACCACCCCAGCCCCCUUCGGAGGAGCAGUUUGGCUGUCCAGGGUCCCCCAGCCCUCAGCCUGACUCCACCGACAACGAUGACUACGAUGACAUAGGCGCAGCCUAGGCCGGGGCCAGCCGAGGCUCCUGGGGUGCCUCUGACCCUCUGGCUUCCUGCUCUACCUACUCUCUUUCCCCUUCCCCACCCUCUCAGCUCACCUCCCCAUGGAGCUGAGAGGCCUCCCUUGGAUAGAUGGAAGGAAACGUUACACCUUGUACCCCUCGGUCUCCAUCCAUCAAGCCAAACCUGCUGCCACAGCCCUCCCCCGGCCCCAGAUAGCAGCCCCAGGGAGGAUGCUGCCUCCAAGAGGUGUGAGCCCUCUGUCUCAGGGAUGAACAAGCAGAGUCUGGGCUACCUCUCGACAGCUGGUGGAGGGGAGUUGAGGAGCUGGACUGGAUGACUCUGGAGGCCCCUUCCAAACCUCAAGUGUCCGGCGCUUUGAUUGCCUGAGUUUCUGACACUUCAGGGCCCAGAGGUCCUGCGAGGGGCAGAACUGGACCCCCAUGCCAGUGCUGCUGCAGGAGGGCCCACAUACUAGGGUCUGCUGAGCUGUUGUCACUGAUCGGUGGGCGCUGGGGGGAUGGGGUAACACACCAGCUGUCCCAGGCUUUGCUCCGGGCGGUAACUGCACUUGGGCAGGGAAUAUAGCCUUCCUGGGCACAACUAGCUGACAAUGACAGGUUGACUGUGUACCCCCAACCAAGGAGCUGGGGCCCAAGGCCAGUCCUGCCCCAGAGACACUCCAAGUCCGCCAGGGGCACAGACCAGUUCUGCAGUGACUGUCCCUGGACAAUGGGUCUUUAUUCUGAGCUUCCUAUGGUUUACAAAGAGGGCCCCAGCCCAGCCCCACCACAGAUCCCAGAGAUAGGGGCCCAGUCUCCAUGGGGGCAGGAGCAUAGAGAUGUUUUCCAGGAAGGGGCUCAGAAGCUGCACUAGGCCCCGAGUUCCCAUGUGUCUCCUUGAAUUGAUGAGGAUGCUCCUGGGAGGGAUGCAUGACUAUGCGGUGUUGCACCCGGGGCUGCAAACGUCUCCGUGCAGCCCCCAGAGAGAGGCCCACGGGCUCAGACCAGGCUUUGUUGUCCUGCUCUGAGUAUCCUGAGAUUAAACUGAAUUGCUGAAUGAAA